UGGUCGCUCAGUUUCCUUUUCCUUGUCAGUUUCUUCUCUCCCCAAAUCCCUUAAAUCAUGAAACCCUAAUUCAGCAAUUAACGACCCUUUAAAUAUCCAUUAUCCUUUGCUUUCCCAUUCAGAUUCAUCCGUAAGUUCAAAUCCUUCUUAAUUUUCUUUCUCUUUUACUCGACUUUUAUCUCGCCAAAAAUCCAAUUAAUUUUGUAUAUUUUCUUCAUUGUUCCCAAUAUCACAACUGCAUUUUAAUAGAUUAAGUUUUUUGGUUAGGGUUUGUUUUAAUUUUAUAUUUUGUAAGGUUAUUGAUUUUACAAGCAAAUGGAUGGGAACACAACCAAUGAAUCUAAAGUUCGCCAGAGGGUUCCCUCAACUGGGUCGUAUUCAUCUGCCUCUGCCAGUGCCUCAUCGUCCUCAGCCACGUAUACAGAAGAGCAAAUCACUAUCGUGAGGCAAAUCAAGAGGAAGAAAGAUUAUUAUGAUAUUUUGGGAUUGGAGAAAACUUGCUCAGUUGAAGAUGUUCGAAAAGCAUAUAGGAAAUUAUCCCUUAAAGUCCAUCCUGAUAAGAACAAGGCGCCCGGAGCUGAAGAAGCUUUUAAAGCUGUCUCCAAGGCAUUCCAGUGUCUUAGCAAUGAAGAAAGCCGGAAGAAGUAUGAUCUGAUCGGGAGUGACGAGCCUGUUUAUGAGAGACGCGCUCCAUGGCCUCAUGGAUGGCAGGGAGAAUACAAUGGGUAUUAUGAUUAUUUUGAUCCGGACGAGAUUUUCAGGCAAUUCUUCUUUGGAGGAAUGCCGCCUGCAAGUACCCAAUUCAGAACUGCUGAUAAUGCAUUUGGCUUUAUCAUGCAUGCAUUGAUUCACCUGCUGCCUGUUCUCGUCAUCUUGCUUGUGAACUUUUUGCCGUCUUCAGAGCCACUGUAUUCGCUCUCCAUGUCACAUCCUUAUGAGUACAAAGGGGUUAAUUUUUUUACCCUGUAUGCAACUUUUAUGGUAUUUAUUUUGAUUUUACAACUUCUAUGGUAUAUAUUUUGAUUUUUUUCAUAUUUAAUCUG